AUGAAAAUCCUUGUGACCCAGUCCUCGCCGCCGGUGCUCGUAGGCCCGUCGGAGCCCACGCCGGCCGGCAACCUGCCUUUCACUUCUUCCGACAAGGCCUGCCUCCAUGUGUCGGUCACGUCGCUCCACAUUUUCGACCGCCCGAUCCACGAGCCGGCUGAGAACAUACGGCGUGCUCUGUCCCAAGCACUUGUCCACUACUACCCCCUCGCUGGUCGCCUGGCCGUCAGCGGCCAGGACGUCCAGCUCGCGUGCACCGGUGACGGCGUUGCGUUCGUCGCUGCCACGGCGAGCUGCACUCUGGAGGAUGUCAGGUUCCUCGACGCGCCACUGGUGAUCCCUUUGGAUGCCCUUGCCGUCCGGUCCGGCGAGCACGCCCGCAUGUCGGACUCGGAAUGCCCGCUGCUGAUGAUGCAGGUCACCGAGUUCGCCUGCGGCGGAUACGUCGUCGGGGUGACGUGGAACCAUGCCCUCGCUGACGGCUUUGGGUUGGCCCAGUUCCUAGGAGCCGUCGGCGAGCUUGCCCGCGGGCUGUCCCCGCCGUCCGUCGUCCCAGUCAGGCACGACGCAUCGCUCCCGGAGAUCCCGCAGCUGAUGGCUGCCCUCGGGCCGUCCCUGGGCUUCAAGCAUGUCGAGUUCGCCUACACCGACGUGACCAUCCCCUGGAGCUUCAUCAACCGCAUCAAGGCCGAGUUCCGGGGCGUGGACCAGCCGUGCUCGACGUUCGAGGUUGUUGGCGCCGCGAUAUGGCAGUGCCGGGCUCGCGCGAUCAAUGCCGACCCAGGCUCCCCUGCGCCGCUGAUUUUUACGGCCAACAUGCGGAAGCACGUUGGCGCCAAGGAUGGCUACUACGGCAACUGCAUCGCGCCGCAGAUGGUGGUGACGACGUGUAGCGCGGUGGCGAACGGCGACACCGCUGAGGUGGUGAAGCUGAUCAAGCACGGCAAGGAGCGGAUACCGGACACCCUCGGGAAUUACGAGCACGUGCUGAGCAAGGAGCUCGCUGGCGCGCUGCUCGGUUACACGGCGGUAUUCACGUCGAGCUGGGGCGGCAUCGGGCUGGAGGGCGUCGACUUCGGCGGCGGUACGCCGGCGAGGGUGAUGGCCCACUUGGAGGUGACGUGGACGCCAGGCUGCGUGCUGUGUCUACCGUGUUCGAGGAAGGACAGCGACGGCGUGAACGUGCGAGCGUUCUGCGUCAGGGAGGAGCACGUCGACGGUUUCCAUGCCGCAUUGGCGACGCUCCACUCAACCAAGCCCUGGUUCGAUUGCCAUUCUUCUGCUCGUUUCAUCCUUGACCUCCGCACUAGAUUUCUCAUGUAUGUCGAUAGUCUUGAUUUGUCCAUUGUCAACUUUACUGGGAUAGGAGGCCCGCUGCCUGCACAUAAGUUUGCCAUCUCUGCGUGGACGUACGAUGCUGUCAAGGCUGUACUUGCUGCAGACAGGGCUUCUGAUACAAAAUAUAGGAAACAGCAGUUGAUGGCCAAGCAUGCUAUAGACUACAGUGUGUUUGGUGGGCCACAAAACUUUGGCAAGUGGAUGGAUGUGCAUUCAGCUCCAUCUUGUCUCGCUGAGGCAAGGGCACCUAUUGAGCACCUAGUUGGGCAGUUUGCUUCUGGCAUGACUAGCUUGCUUGGGAAGUUGGUCGAGGGUUGGACAACACUAAAUGGUUCUGAUAGUGAUGCGGUUGUGAGGAACUUCACAUCAUUCAUUGGAGAACAGACACAUCGUCCGACUGGUUGUCGUGGCCGGUAUGACUACAACAGCUCUCAGGAGCUUCCUGACACACAAGAUGAGCUAGAUGGGGAUGGUUUUGGUGGCGUUGACGCUGGUCUUGAUAAGGAUGGCGAUGAUGACAUGGAGAAUGUGUCGCAUGACAGUGACCACUAUGAACAUCACGAAGAUAAUGUGAGGGGCAAGAAGGAUAAGGUUGCACCGAAAGUUCCUCUACCGAAGAGAGGCAUUGAUUCAAAUGUUGCGAGAGACACGGGGGUUUUGCUCUCAAAGAGGGGCAGGGCUCCAGAGGAUGCUGGCCAAGGCAAUGUUGAGAAGAGGUGUAUGGCUGAUCCUGUAGCUGCUAGGAGGAGGGUCAAGAAGAUUACUACACGCUUGACCAAUCGUACUACCAGAGACCUACUUGAACGCAUUCACUCCAAGCUGUCGACAUCCGAUGUUGCAGACAUUCACGAGCCACCAGUCGACCAAUCUGCUACUGUAUCGCCCACUAUUUCUGUUAGCUCUAAUGCAAGGGGCCGCGGAUCUCCGCCGGUUGCAGAUGUGCAGACUACAAUGGCAGGCAUCUGUACAUUUGGGAGUGAUGAGUCUGUAUCUGCCAGGACUGCUGAGAUAAUGCCUACACUGGUGGCAAUGAGAGAUGUUGUUGUCACCCAUACCACCUGA